AUGGCCUCAGGCUACAUAUCCGACGAAUCGAUGUCCAACUCGCUCCUGGCCGAUGGAUCCGAGCUCAGCGACACCGAGACGGUCCUACUGCUCAGCCAAUCCUUGGGCUCGGAACACGAAGAGAGUGAUGGUACCCAACUUGAAGUCGCGCCGCCAACUGAUGGUGCCCACUCUACUGGCCUCGCCGUCGCCAAUUCUGGAUCAGGGACUAUCCAUUAUGGUGGCUACUCGUACGCCCAAUACCACUUCAACCCUCGAACCGACACCAGGCACUAUCGAUGCAGCGCCUACCGCCGAACAAAUUGCAAGGCGAAAUUCUACGUGAGUGGCCGUGGCGCUGUGGAGGAUGGAGAGCACGAGCCCGCUUGUGUACCUGGUUUCCGUCGAACCUCGACUGGACCGGCCCCUGCUGUUACCGACCGAAAAGAGGGGAUGCUGCUGAUGACGGACACAAUUUGGAUCAUUGUGAUGCUCUACGAUUUGAUUUCGGAGCUCUUUUUGCCAAUUUGGUACGUCCUUACGGACGGGAAAACGGCUCAGUUCGCCAUGAUCACGUCUGUCCAGAACCAGUUUCCAGAAUCCCGAAUUGUUGGCUGCCUUUUUCACUCCAAGCAAGCGCUCCAUCGGAAGAUGUUGAAGUUGAAGAUCACGGAAGAUGAAGUGGAUUUGACAAUGCGGGAGGGCUGCAACGGUUAUCCGACCUAUGGAUAUACCCUCCGAGGCGCCCACGAGAAGUACUUCAAGAAAAUCUGGAUCUACAAGUUCAAGCCGGAGUGGUGGAACAUUAACAGUGUGAGCGAAGACAUCGUCCUGGCCUUCUUCGAUGACUUUGAAGAGGUCGAUGACACGUGA